AUGGGUCAUAGAUUUUGUAUCGAAUCGACACCAAAGGAACAAGCUAGCUGGAGAUUGUUACUCGUAGUGGGGAGCAAUUUCAUUCAGGGUACCACAGGCACCAAAUUGGGCCUAUGGCCAUUCAACUUGAUGAUUAAGGAUCUAGACAUUGCCUCGCAAUGGAAAUUUGUUAAAGAUACUGCAACGUCGGAGAUCAUUGAGAAGGGACAUGUCAGUAACGCUCAGAGUCUAAUCAAUGCCUGCUCCACCAAAUUAGGAGCAUUCAUAGCUUUCCAUGUUGCCAGUUCCACUGGUCAGAUUAUUAUUAACAAUUUAUUAAAAAAUUACGAAAGUUAG